AUGAGUAUAUGCUAUUAUCGUAUUUACGAUUGGAUAUCAAAUAUUGACAAAUUAUCUAAGUUAGACAAAGAUAGUGAUAGUGUAAUAGAAAGCUGGAAAACAUUUUUCGAAAACUUUAAAUCGUUCUACAAAGGAAUCGACGAGUAUUUAGAUGGGCCCUAUACAUUUGAUUGUCGCUCUCAACUAGUAAUACAGCUAAUGAAUCUCCCUCUUUGCGGGUACUCUUGUAGUAUCAUGAUUGAUUUCGUUUGUAAGGCGGUUCUUCGCCACAUGGUUAAGAAAGAGCUAAUCCCAGAAGAAACAUAUCCACCAGAGGGACCAUUAACUUUAUGUCACGUUUGGGGCUAUAUUGUUGGCAAGAAACUUACAAGACCCGAGAGCGGGUUACGUACCCCAAUAAAUCCAGAUUAUCCGUUUUCAGUGUAUAUAAACCCAAGUCCAGACCCCGAAUCUAAUAUAGUGUUUCGGACACUGGCACCAUAUGACUACUAUGGCAAGGUUACUCAAUUUUCAAAAGAACAAUAUAUAAACGAAUACAGGACCAAGAUAGCCCUUGGCCGGAAUUUUGAUUAUCUAAGUGAAAUUAACGAUCCAGAAUUUUUUAGAAAUCACAGUGAAAGUUUCAAUGAUAAUUUCGAGAAAUGGGGAUUUCUAGCUGUUCAAUUACCCAGAUUAGGCGAAGUUGAUUAUACUAUAAUAGUAAGUUGGAAAAGAUUUUUAGAAUACUUUACGUCUUACUACCGGGGUAUCGACGAGUAUUUAGCUAGCCCUGAUACAUUUGAUUGUCGUAGACUUGAUCAUCACGUGUAUAACUUACAAGGAGAAACGCCAAUGAGAACCUCGUUCUAUAUUGACUCCAUUUGUUCUUUGAUUGUUGACUACAUGAUUGAGUAUGACUUGAUUGCUGAAGAGCUAUAUCCAACAGAAGGACAAUUAACACUAUGCCAUGUUUGGAACUAUAUUGCUCCAUUAUUCCUCACCCGGGACUUCUUUAUAAAGCGACUCGUUGCUUUCUUUCGGCAAGAAGACCUAAAACGUAUGGGUAAAAAGAGGAGGGCUAAAAGAAAAUGGUUCGUUCGAGAAACCGGUGGUAAGAGACCGACAAAACUCCACCGUUGA